UUAUAACAAUAAAAUAUGGGUAAUUCAGAAAGUAACGUGCAUGAUUGCAUCAUUUCCACAACUAAAUGUAAAAAAAAAGGAACGAAAGUAAACUUUGAAAAUAUGACGAAUGAAAAUAAUCCUGGGAAUGAUGAAAGUAAAGUAGAAACAUAUGAACAUGAUAGUUGUAAAGGGGAAAAUUUUAAAUAUCCAAAUAUACAUAAUAAUGUAUAUCCAAAAAAUACAAUAUCAAAUGUUACAAUUCCACAUGUUAAAUCUUCAAAUGUUACAUUUCCAAAUGUUACAUCUCCAAAUGUUACAUCUCCAAAUGUUACAUCUCCAAAUGUUACAUCUCCAAAUAUUACAUCUCAAAAUGUUGCAUUUUUAGAAAAUUCAUAUCCGAAUCUAAAUAAUAUAAAUUCAGAUGAUAUUUUAUACAGACCAUCUUGUCCAACUAAGGAAGAAUUAUUUGAUGAUGAUAAAUUUACUAUUAAACAAAAAUAUGUGUCAACUAAAAAAAAGAAUUCUAUAAAAAGUAUGAUUAAACCUCCAUCAAAUUUAAUAAAUUUAACAGAUUUUAUAAAACGCUGGGUUAUAUGGAAAGAACAGUUAUUAGUAUUUUUGAACCUCAUGGAUGAAAACAAAACAAAAUAUCAUCAGUGGGGAAAUUUUCUUUUGAAUUUUAUGGGUCCGAUCGGCCAAGAAAUUCUUGAGAAGUUAGUAUUUAAUACAGGCGAAGAUAAAAAUAAUUUUGUAAUAUUAAUGUAUAAGUUUGAUGCAUAUCACAGUUUUAAUGUAGCCAUUAAAUCUGAGAAUGAAAAUAUUAUGGAUUAUAUAGAAAGAUUGAAGGGUGAUGCUGUUAGAAAUCUGAAAAAUAUUGAUCAAAUAUUAAAACAGAAAUUAGCAAAUGACAUAAGCAAGAAUGAAUCUUGCAAAGAACGUUUCAUUGCAUUAACCAGUUCUAGAUUACCAGAUUUCAAUUUUGAUAAAACAUUUAUGUUUUUAACAUUAGUAGAAAUUGCUUUUCUAUGGAAUUUAUCUAAUCAAUGUAAUCUCAAAGAAAGCCAAACUUGUAAUUCCUGCGGUAAGUCCCAUUCAAAGGAACAAUGUUUUGCGAAAAAUAAAGAAUGCAAUAAGUGCAAAAGAAGAAAUCAUUUUGCAAAAUAUUGUCCUGGUCUCAUGUAUAUUAAUAAUUGUGGUUUUUGCGGAGGCGAUCACGGAGCAAGACAAUGUCUUGCUUAUGGGGAAAUAUGCUCUAAAUGUAACAAACCGAAUCACUUUUCAUGGAUGUGCUCUAAACUAACAGUAAAAAAUUGUCGCUUUUGCGGACAGAGUCAUGCAAUGGAUAGAAAUAAAUGUCCAGCAAAGAAUAGUGUAUGCUCUAUUUGUAAAAUUACUGGUCAUUACGAAGUAAAGUGCCGUAGUAAAUUAAACAGUGAUGCAGAAAAAUAAGAAAUUAAGUUUCAGCUAUAAGACCAUCAUUUAUUUUUAAUUAAGAUAUACUUUAGUAUAGCUAUAUAAGCUUUUGAUUAUAAUUACAUAUAAAUGGGAUUAUGUUAAAUGUAUUAUCUUUAAAUAUAUAUUUUAUAUACUUGA